CAACAAUCUUAUAAAGGAUUCCCCCGAUGUCGCAUUUCCUCAGCCAUGGCGGAAAGAUCCGAACAUCCAGCAGAGCGCGGCCUCUCCCCUCUCAACCCUCUCGAUUCUGAGGUUUGUGGAGGUUCUUCUUAUCCGCUCUCCAUCCCUUCUCAGCCACCUGAUAUCAGGAACUGGUUCUCCGGCUACGAAUAUGAAUCCCCGGAGUGUUCUGGCCUGGCCCAGGAUCUUCAUAGCUUCCUACUGCCUGCAGAAGAUGAAAGAGAAACCCAGGAUCCAUUGGGAAACUCUCCAAAGAAGGCCGAAGUCUCGCCCACAGUUGAGGCAACGUCAUCUUCUCUCACACUUUUAAUAUCUCGAUCGAUCUUUUAGAAUUUAAUUCGAAGAUUACCAAAUCUGCUAAUUUGAGUGUGAAAAUCAGUUUUUGUUAUAUAUCGAUUUGCUAUCAUCAUCUCUUUUUUCUCCUCUUGUUUUGGCCUCUUAUUUUGUUCCUCUGGUCGGCGGGUACGCCUUUUUUCUGAAUUCCAGGACAAACAUCUGGCUGAAUCCCCUCUAAUCAUUCCAAGGGGAAGGGAUUUGUGUUACGGUGUAGAGUUACAACAUAAGUCUUGCCCGGUAACUGAAUUCGUUCCAUUGAAGGAAAACCCAAAGCCAUUGCCGGAAGUUAAAGGGACAUCCUCUGGGAAACAUGACGGCGGUGAAAAUGCUGACAGCAAUCGCAACCUUUCUAGAGCUGAUGAGAAGUUGGCUAGAGGCCAUGAGCAAUCUCCAAAGUGGAUACCUCCAAAGACCAAGCGCGGAGAGCAUGUCUCGCAUCAACAAAAUUCACCAAAAAUUGACACAGAUUUGGGAGCGGCGCAUGAAGCACCCCGUGAAGGAGAGUCGCUCCCAAGAUGUAACAUUGGGAAGGAUGGUUUUGUUUCUGUCAAGAACAAGUAUAACACAAGAGGAGGCGAAACAUUUCCAAGUAGCUUGAAUGAAGACCAGGUUGCCGUCGAGGGGACGGAUAUUUUGGGAAUGUCAUCACAUGGAAACAAGCACUGCUCGAACAUGGAAAACCACAGAAUGAGCCCAUACCAUGAGUCGUUUCAAGAAAAUAGUUUCCUUCCACUGAAGAGAGAGCAGAAUUUCCAGCAGCUAUUUGGAGCUGGUUUCCUCACAAAAUAUUCUGAAGUAGGAAUCAGUGAUCUUAUCCCAUCGAAGACGUAUCGAAGCUCAGUCAAAGAGCAGGCGUGCAGUCCGAAGGUGCCUUCUGAAACGAGCAAGCGCGAAGAAAGUUUGGGUGCAGAGGAUUGGAGACGGGGUGAUAGACAAUACUCUGCUGGUAAUAUAAAAGAAGACCGGAUCUCUCAGGAGAAAUGCUCGUUCUUGAGGUGUACCAACGAGGAGCUAAAAGAAGAUGCCGCGACGAUGGGAAUCCUUUCAGCCAUGAGCUACAAGGACAUGGCGUUUAAGAAUGAGAUGAUUAGGAGAGAGACGAACGAACACCUGAUUAAUGGGGACUGCAUAUUUCUAGAGAACAAUGGGAAUUUGGGGGGGAAAGAAAAAGGAACGAGAAAGCCUUUAUCAGAUAGAAGCAAUUUUCAAGCUGGAGUUGUGGCAGCGGCACCGGAGAUCCCUGGGAAAUGGCGGUGUCCUCGCAGGAGCAAGCCCCGUGCUGGGCCUCCACUGAAGCAACUACGGUUGGAACGUUGGGUCCAUCGAGCGACUUGAAGUACAAUUCUACAUAAGAGCCAAGCAUCUUCGACGAGGAUGUCCGGUGGCUACUGUAGAAGUGUGACAUCUUCCGAGCUAGACAUAUAUUUCGAAAGUCGUAAAGAGUUAUUGACUGGGUCACCUUCUUCGUUGCUCAUUAUUUUGGAAAAGUUUUUUGGAUCUGUUUUGUAUUUUAUCUCUUUAUCUUUGUGGAGUAUUUUAUCUUUUAGACAACACUCACGCGAGAUUAGUGUGAGCUGCCGCCGGUGUACCAAAAAAAAAAAGUACAAUUUUAUUACAUGGAUAGAGAAUAUGUCUUCUCCUCUGCUCUGCAGGGCAGUGUAUCUACUACUAGUAAAAUGCUGCAACAAUGACACUUGGUGGCACACUUUGCACUUCCGAGAACCUUCGUCCCUGAGAACUCACAUUUGAAUCCCAAAAAGGAAUUUGGUCUUAUUUGUGUUAUUAGGUGAUUCUAGCCUUUAAUUUUAAUCCAAGUAAGUACCCCAUUGGUUUGUGAAUCUUGGGGUCUUUGCGCGCUAUGAAUAAGUUUAUUGUUGUUGGCUCA